GGCCACUGCCGGACAAGGAGGGAACCAAGGCUUCCGCUCAACCGAGACGCAAGAUGGCCACGGAUGGGGGUGGCUGUGUGGCCGACCUGGGAAGUCGGAGUCUCCUUCGCCUUGUGUCUUUCUGCGUCCUACUGGCAGGUUUGUGUGAAGGAAACUCAGUGGAGAAGAAGAUCUACAUCCCCUUAAAUAAAACAGCUCCCUGUGUCCGUCUGCUCAAUGCUACUCAUCAGAUUGGCUGCCAGUCUUCCGUUAGUGGGGACACAGGGGUUAUCCACGUAGUACAGAAGGAAGAAGACCUACAGUGGGUGUUGACCGAUGGCCCUAACCCCCCUUAUGUGGUUCUGCUGGAGGGCACGCUCUUUACCAGGAAUCUGAUGGAGAAGCUGAAGGGGAGAACCAGCCGAAUUGCUGGUCUUGCAGUGUCUUUAGCCAAGCCCAGUCCUGCCUCAGGCUUCUCUCCUAGUGUGCAGUGUCCCAAUGAUGGGUUUGGUGUUUACUCCAACUCCUAUGGGCCAGAGUUUGCUCACUGCAGAGAGAUAGCAUGGAACUCCCUGGGCGAUGGCUUGGCUUAUGAGGACUUCAGUUUCCCCAUCUUCCUUCUUGAAGAUGAAAAUGAAACCAAUGUCAUUAAGCAGUGCUACCACGAUCACAACCUGAGUCAGAACGGCUCAGCGCCGGCCUUCCCACUGUGCGCCAUGCAGCUCUUUUCACACAUGCACGCCGUCAUCAGCACCGUCACCUGCAUGCGACGCAGCUUCAUCCAGAGCUCCUUCAGCAUCAACCCAGAAAUCGUCUGUGACCCCCUGUCCGACUACAACGUAUGGAGCAUGCUUAAGCCUGUAAAUACCUCUGAGACGUUGGAGCCCGAUGACAAGGUUGUGGUGGCUGCCACCCGGCUGGACAGUCGUUCCUUUUUCUGGAAUGUGGCCCCAGGGGCUGAAAGUGCCGUUGCCUCCUUCGUCACUCAGCUGGCUGCAGCUGAAGCUCUGCAGAAGGCACCCGAUGUGACCACCCUGCCCCGCAAUGUCAUGUUUGUCUUCUUCCAAGGGGAAACUUUUGACUACAUUGGCAGCUCAAGAAUGGUCUACGAUAUGGAGAAUGGCAAGUUUCCUGUGCAGUUAGAGAACAUUGACUCAUUCGUGGAGCUGGGACAGGUGGCCUUAAGAAAUUCACUAGAGCUUUGGAUGCACACAGACCCCAUGUCUCAGAAAAAUGAAACUGUACAGAACCAGGUGGAGGAGCUCCUGACCACCCUGGAGAAGAGCGGUGCUGGCGUCCCUACUGUAGUCCUCAGGAGGCUGAGUCGGUCCCAGCCUCUCCCACCAUCUUCUCUGCAGCGAUUUCUUCGAGCUCGAAACAUCUCUGGCGUUGUUCUUGCUGACCACUCUGCUGUCUUCCAUAACCACUAUUACCAGAGCAUUUACGACACUGCUGAGAACAUUAAUGUGACCUACCCUGAAGGGCAGAGCCCUGAAGAGGACCUGAACUUUGUGACAGACGCUGCCAAGGCUCUGGCAGGUGUGGCCACGGUGCUGGGACGUGCACUGUACCAGCUCGCAGGAGGAACCAACUUCAGCCACACCAUUCAGGCCGAUCCCCAGACGGUUACCCGCCUGCUCUAUGGGUUCCUGGUUAGAGCCAACAACUCGUGGUUCCAGUCUAUCCUCAGGCCAGACCUAAGGUCCUACUUGGGUGACGGGCCUCUUCAGCAUUACAUCGCCGUCUCCAGCCCCACCAACACCACUUACGUUGUACAGUAUGCCUUGGCAAAUUUGACUGGCAAGGUGAUCGACCUUACCCGAGAGCAGUGCCAGGAUCCGAGUAAAGUCCCCACUGAAAACAAGGAUCUGUACGAGUACACUUGGGUUCAGGGCCCUUUGAAUUCCAACGAGACAGACCGGCUUCCCCGGUGUGUGCGUUCCACGGCACGACUCGCCAGGGCCUUGUCCCCUGCCUUCGAAUUGAAGCAGUGGGGCUCUACUGAAUACUCUACAUGGACUGAGAGCCGCUGGAAAGACAUCCGCGCCCGGAUAUUUCUGAUAGCCAGCAAAGAGCUGGAGUUUAUCACCCUGAUGGUGGGCUUCGGCGUCCUCGUCUUCUCUCUUGUCGUCACCUACUGCAUCAAUGCCAAAGCCGAUGUCCUUUUCAUUGCUCCCCGGGAACCAGGAUCUGUGUCUUACUGAAGAGGACCCCAGCUUUUCCUGCCAGCUCUGCAGUUCACUUCCUAGAUCAUCUGUCCCACUGGGACAUAAACCACUAGUUUGUCACUGGAACCUCUCUGGGCCUGGCUCGGACUGACAUUAACAUAAAGUGGAACUGCCCAAAAGAGACAGUGAGAGAUAAAGGAGUUACCUGCCGCCCACAUCUUCCCCUUCCCAUCUCCCCUUCCCCGUGUCUUCUUCCUCACCCCUGCCAAAUCCUGGGAUGACAAAUAGAAGCUUCUUGCUCCUGUUUUGACUCCUAGCUACCUACCCUACCUUUCCCUUCUUCAGGAUCCCUCUUCUCUUUCCGUCCCACCUUACACCUCCCUCUGCUCCCCGCCCCUCGCCCCCUUCCUGACCAGGAAGGACAUGAAGGGGUGAAUGCCAGGAACAAACUGCAAGGAAGCCCUGAGGAGGGCAGGAGCCAUCUGUGGGCUGAGCCUCCUGUCUCCCUCCUGCUGUCCUGUCUCAAGGCCCUUAGAUGGCACAUCAGGGUGGGUGUGCUGCUGGGUGGGUAUCCCACCUCCAGCCCACAGUGCUCAGUUGUAAUUUUUAUUAAGCUGUAAUAUCUAUUUUUGUUUUCUUUUUUCCUUUUGUGUGUGUAUGUGUACGUGUUUAUAAAUAUAUAAAUAACGAGUCUCAUUAAAACAGACUCUCCCACA